CUCUCUCUCUCCCUCUCCAGUGAAUGAAUCCAGUCAGACACAAGCUCUUAAACAUCACAGCCUUCCUCUCUCUCCCCCCCCCCUCUCUCUCUCUUAUCAUCUCUGUCCUUUCCCGUCUCCGGAGCAGACAGUCAGUGGAGCAUCGGCACAGCAACGGAGCAGCACCGGACUGACGGAGGAGAGAGGAAGUCAACGAAACCCCGCUGACAGCAAUGCAUCAUUAAACAGUGCUACAGUUCAGGGCAGAAGCAACAGAUUGCCCUCACUUGCAAUUGUUGCUACAGCUGAUCUUCUACUGAUCUGACCUGGGCUUGGAGACGAAGCAGCUCCUGCACCUGGCAUCUCCUGGGUUUUGAAAGUCAGUUUCUCCGUGCGAAAGAAAUGCCUCCCCUCCGGCCGAAGCAGAAGGAAAUAACAAUGCUGAGUGACAGGAAAGAAAAGCUUUGAUUCAGUCGGAGAGAGCAACACGUUUCUUGCUGGGCGUCAACAUCACCUCUGCCACCACCAGCGUCUCCUCCCAUCCUGCUUCUCGUCACCAGGAUCUAAAGACAUCUAAAGAGACCGCACGUACAGGGGGAGGAUGUUAGAUUGACAUGCAGAGUUCAGGGAGUUUUUGCCGUGAAACAAAAACACCAGAUCAGGUAGUAUCCGUUGCGAAGACGCAGGUAAGGUCCACCAACAGACGUCAGUAAGUCCGCCAGACUUCCACUUUGACUUGUGAAGGGGUGAAGAGGAGGAUGGACAUCCGUGUUGGCAAAGAAGAAGCCAAACACUAGAGAAGAGAUGACAAGAAGCGAGAGAUACAACCCUGCUGCACACAGCCACAGAUAGAUACUUAGAGAAACACUUAACCUCAUCAAAAGUCAUCAACCUACACGCAUGUCUUUCUAUACGCUUGUUUUCUAGGAUGCUUUUGCACCCGAGGAGCUUGACUCUUGUCUAAAAGAAGAAAGAGGAGCAUCAGAAUCUCUCACACGAAAGUCAAGUUUCUGCACCGGCGUCACUCGGUGCGAGCCGCCCAAGGGGGGGAUUCUCGCUCGACUCUUCUUUUCGAAGUGAGGUGGAUCUGCCGUGGGGGGCAGCUGACAGCCAUCCAAGACGCCGCGAGCCGUACUCCGCGUGAAGAAUGCCCAGCCGCGCUUGGCCAAGCCGGCCGACCCGGGCCCGACGCCGGGCCUGUACAUGGAGAGAUCACAGAGCCGGAUCAGCCUCUCGGCGUCCUUCGAGGCCCUGGCCAUCUACUUCCCCUGUAUGAACUCCUUCGAUGAAGACGAUGGGGUUGACACAGACGGCAGGAAGUUGAAGGGAGGCAUCCAGAGGAGCACCGAGACGGGUCUGGCAGUGGAGAUGCCCAGUCGGACUGUACGCCAGGCAAGCCAUGAGUCUAUAGAGGACAGUAUGAACAGCUAUGGCUCAGAAGGAAACCUUAACUAUAGUGGCAUGUGUCUGGCAUCAGAUGCCCAGUUCAGUGACUUCCUGGAUGGGAUGGGACCGGCCCAAUUUGUCGGGCGACAGACGCUGGCAACGACAUCCAUGGGUGAUGUAGAGAUCGGCCUGAUGGAGAGGAACGGGGGCCUAGAGGUGGAGGUCGUCCAGGCCAGAGGACUCACUAUGAAACCAGGAUCAAAGGGCCCUCCAGCGGCCUACAUCAAAGUUUACCUCCUGGAGAACGGCAUCUGUGUGUCCAAGAAGAAGACCAAGUCAGUGAGGAAGUCUCUGGAUCCUCUCUACAACCAGGUCUUGGUCUUCUCUGAAAGCCCACAGGGGAAAGUGGUGCAGCUCAUUGUUUGGGGCAACUAUGGACGGAUGGACCGCAAAUGCUUCAUGGGUGUAGCUCGGAUCCUAUUGGAGGAGUUGGACCUCAGCACUAUGGUGAUUGGCUGGUACAAGCUUUUCCCUACCUCCUCUAUGGUGGACCCAACAAUGGCGCCGCUCAUCCGCCACUCGUCCCAGAUGUCCCUGGAGAGCACCAUCGGGCCCUGUUGUGAGCGAUCCUAAGACUCAUGCGCAAAAUUGUAUAGUUUUUGAUGUCAUAACUAAGAUUUCAUUGCUCAGACAAAGUCUUUGGACUUGUUUUUAAUUAGAGUAACCUGUAGCCCUGCACCCAGGUCAGUCAGGUGGUACUGCCACUGGAGCAGGAAGGUAUUAAGUUUCUCACUAAAGGGCACACUGAGAGGUCCAACCACACUGGGGAAUGAAUCACUCCCUUGAUUUGGAAAUUAUUUUGUAAACCAGAGGGUCAUCCUGGUUUACAUCGGAAAUGUAUUAUAAUUCUUUUGAUAAUUCUUCUUUCCUGAGACUUAAGGGAUGCACGUUUGUCGUUGUUGCAACCGACCGCCCGUCACAUUCAAAGGGAAGUUUUGCUCUCUUCAGAUUUCUCUGAUGAAGAAAAGAAAAAAACAAAACAUACAACCCAAUCCUUCCUAAUGAGGAUACUUCAAAGGAGGGCUCAGUUGCAGUCAUUGAUCACAUCCUAUUGAGGCCACAAUACUCUGCGGGCUCAGCUUUGCUUCAGCUACGCGCCUUCUUCGCAGCCUACAUUCGAUUCUUAUUCCCAGGACUGUUUGUUGUCUCUGUGUGUCCUCAUUAAGGGGCUGGACAGCUCCUAAGUGUUAUCCGUCUAUCUGCCAGUCUGGAGAGAAAGUGAGACUGCCACUGGACUGUUUGAAAAAACCAGCUGCCCGUUGUGAGGGACCACAACAAGGGAAGGGAUGUGCAGCAGGUCUAAGGAUGACUUUUCAAAGAAAACAUUUAAACUCUUCGUUUUAAAUGAGAAGACAUCUUUGUUUUGGACAUUAUUUUUUUUCCCUGUUACAUGUCUGGCCCAUUGUUCAAUACAUUUGGCAAUAUGUCAAAGAUGUGAUGAGACAUGAAUGAAAGCCUCUUUUGAUUCUGGAAAGGUCUGGAUCUUGACCUGAUCUUGGGCAUCCAGAGUAUCACUCUGUCUGUCCUCUCAAUUAAUUGCAUUUAGAUGCAGUGGCAGGUUUAAAUUAGUUAUUCCAUGGAUUUAUAUAGCUUAAAGAAAGCAGGUUCUCGAAGCCUGUGUGCUGUUAUGAUGCAAGAGUUGGAACAUUUUCAUCGCGGUCAACACAGUAUUGGCUGACUUCACUGUUUGUUUUAUCAUCUUUUCUUAAAAGGUGUUUUUCAGUCAAACUCGAGUCAGGUUUGGUAGGAAUGAAAACAUGUAUCCAUCUUUAUUUAUUUAUUGUUUUCAGAAAGACGUGACGCAAGGCCUCGGUAAAGAUAGCUGUGUCUUUAAUCAACAGCACAGAGAGUACGUGCAGUUAGAGGUUUCCAGCGAAUGCGACUAUUGCAGUCAAAAAAAAGUCUGAAAUCUGACUCACUGAAUCACUUCUUCACCAACAGCUGAUUCUGUGGAGAGAGUGAAAAACAGCAAACAGCAAUAGCAUCACAGUCCAAUCAAACUGAAUUUUAAUGCAUGUAAUAUACUGUAUUAGAAUAUGAUUAGAAUUGGCAAAGUGCAAAUGCAUGUGAUGAAACAGCCAAGUGUAAAGGGGGUCUGAAGCCUUGAAGGUGUUUUUUCCUGUUCAUUUCUUUUCUGACUUUUAAGUUUCCAAAUUCCACCUCACGGUGAAGGUCACAUCAAGUGCAGGACCUGAGCUGUAGCACCGACACACCGCAACCUGACACAGAAGAGAGAAGCUGAGGAUAGCAGCCUGGAUGAAAGUGUAGGCCUGACAACGUGCUGUGUGUCUCGGUUUUGUUGUAGUUCGGAAUGCUCUAUAGCUAAUACUCUAGAAAUAGAUUUUUAAGAUUUCUCUUCUCUCUCUCUCUCUUUUUUUAUUUUAAAAAAAGCUUUGACUAACAGUUGUCUAAUAACAGUUUGUACUGUGCCAAUUUCUACCAGCAAGUGUCUUCUCCUUCCUGUUCUUCAAUUACCUUGCGGCAUGUGCCAUUGUGAGGGAGUAACGAAAACAGCAGUGUUCAGGCUGCGCAGAGGAGCGUCCCUUUUUAUUCUAAAUUACAGCCCUUAUCCACAGACCGCCAAGACACCUGGUGAUUAGCCACGCUACGACACAGUGAGAGAGGAAGGAAGCAUGAAAUGUACUUUGCACCAUCCAAACAAAGGAUCUGUCUGUGCUGACAUCAGCUUUUAUGGACUUCAAAACAAGGACACAAAAAUAGGAUGAAUUUAAAGGGAACACAAUGUGCACACUGUAGAGAAAUUUAUAGUUUAUUAACGAACAAAGGUAUUUUAUUUGGGCAUUUAUGAUCCUUAAUGUAUUUUUAUGUGUAAAUAUUAUGAUUGUUAGUGUCUUUUGGAGUGAGCCAAAGUUAAUCUAUAACGACUUAGAUGAUUAUCGUUAAAACUCUGAUGGAGGGAAGUGAUAUUCUUGCUAGUUAUUGUAAGAUUGUAGCACUAGCUGGUAGCAUCCGCAUGACUGAUUAAAAACUUCUAAUGAAUUAAUUAGCGCACAACUUGAUAAGGCUAAGCAUGAGCUGUAUGCUACACUGAGGGAUGAAAAAAAAAGAAAUACAGUAUGCUGGGUCAAAAUCCAGCUUCAACUGAGGAACACACACAUACUGUACUGUACGUAGCAGUGAAAUUCAAAUUUUUACAAAGGUGACUCAAUUUAAUUUUUUAGCUUUUGUCAUUAACAAUGUCAAAUCUGUAAUAGGAUACACAAAAAAGCAAAGAAAAUCUGAGAAUUUUUACGAAUUAUUGUUAUUCGUCUUUCUCUGAGGCAAGAUUUUGAAAGAAAAAUUCUGUUACACUAAUUAGAUAAUGUUUUAUUUUGUUACCCAAUUUGGAGUUUUUUGCUUUAAAGGAUUUUUCAAAUGUGUCCUCGAUUUUGCCAGUAGCAGCGUUGCAGGGAUAUUAAUGCUGUAUCUGUUUCCUAACAAAUUAGUUAUAUUCUGUAAAGCAAUAAUCAGCAGACAUCCAGUCAUUGCAAUUUUUUUUAAAUUGCUCUGUAGAAACUGUGGGAAAUGACACGUGUAGCUGGUGAUUGAUUCAUCAAUUAUAAUAUUUUUCCGAUAAAGUUAUUUAGAUAUGUUUUUUAUGUAUCAGGAUUAUUUUUUUUUUUUUCAACAUAUGUGCCACUGAAAGAUGUUAUAGGUCUGCUCAUUUUAAACAUGUUAUGCUCUACAAGGAAAGUAACUGCAAGGUAUUUUUCAGAUUUAACACACACUUAAAAUAGUUUUAAGAAUGUGAAAAUCACUUGUCAAAAUCUGUCAUUUUACCUCAGCACAUUCAUGUUUUUUUCCACCAGGGAGGAUGUUUGGAAUCUGAGGGUAUCUAUUAAAAGGGCAGACAUUAAAGGACCUGCAAGUAGGAUUUAGGGAGCUCUAUUAUCAGAAAUAUAAAACAAAUAUGUUUUCAUAUAAGUAACUCUAAAAAGGCUGCACUAGCUGGCCCUUCUCCAUGCAGCUCACCAUGUUGCGCCGCCAUAUUUCUGGAGAAGCCCAAAAAUGGAGACAACAAACGUCUAAAGAGUCCCUUAAGCAUUUUUUUUUUUUUUAAGUGAAAUAUUUUGUACCUUCCAGUGGACACUAUGGCACCUUAUUUCAGAAAAGAAAUAUGUAUGGUAAUCAAUGCAGGGAGACUGUCCAAUAUAUUUUGCAACGAUGAUGUUUGUUGCCAAAGCUAAGAUAGUGGAAGAUAGUUUACAAUUAUUAUAUUAUUAUGACAUACUGGGUGUGUAUUCUUUCUAUUUGUCUGUUGCUAUUGACUGCCGUACGUAUUUUGUAAGGUCCGGUGUUGGUCCACCAGAUGAGGCGGGCUUUGCCCCUUCCUUCAGUUAGUUGCAGUCUACAACCUCACCAGUAAAGGUCAUCUAAAUCCCACACGCUGGUCCUUUAAUUCCCGAAUGUGACAUUAGAAUUACUUCAGAAUCAUUUUUCACAACCUAAACUCACAUGGGUUUUCUUUCAGUGAUAACAAUGGUUGUCUGGUAGUCAGAACAUUAGGGAAUAUCUACAAAUGAUAUAAUGUUGUAUAAAUCAAAUGAUAUAUAAAAUGAUUAACUCCUCUUACUGUGACCCAAGGAAUGUGUUUUUGUCAGUGUUCUUUGUGCCAAAAGUUUAACGUGUUGUGAGGGCUGAUUUCCCACAUGAGGACCAAUGAAAGAGAAAUGUUUACACACUUGGCAUUGAGUUUCCUAUCAACAAAGUCUAAAGAAAUUGGCUUUGGAUUCCAAAAGAGGCUAAAAUAUGGAUUUACCGCUGAUUAAUCAUGAGCAUUUCUGCAAAGAGUUGCAAUGGUAACAUCAUAGAAAAUGUUCCACCUCUCUUCAACUAGCCUGCAGCAGCUGCCUGUGCAACACAAGGCGGCAGAUAUUUCUAAAAGCUAUAAUCAAUUGUUUAAUAUGUCUUUGAAAAUCUAACAUGCUUUCCUCAGAGUUCCACUCUAAAUGGAUGAUCAUAUCAGCAGUAGUAUGGCAUGCAUGCAGUAAAUGAGGGGUUUUCUAUGAUGGCUACAGCUGCAGACUCUGAGCAUUAGCAUGAAUUUGUGUGUAAACAUGGAUAUAGUUGACCCUUGCAAGAUUAGUUUACGUAUAAUAUAAGCCAACGGGAUUAAGAGGAACUGUUUGUCGUUUUAAAAUUGUGCGUACGUUUGCUCAUCAAAAGCUUCUUCUUCACCACUCUUUCGUUUCUUUGUGACAUUUUGUAACUUUGGAGGAAAACGAAUAAGCUAAUCAACAAUGUAAAAUGUUAUCGACAUAUUCAGCACCACAAAUGUGCGUUUUUGCAUUCCCCCAUGUUUAUGAUUGUGUCUGCUGUUUGGAUGUUAAUUACUGUAUGUACUUUUACCAAUUGUAAUGUAAGUAGAGGCCUUAAACACUCGAUAUACAUUUUGUCAGGGCUAAGGACUAAGAAUUGUCACAUUAACAAAUCAAAAUGACGCAAAAAAAAAAAAGGAACCCAAAUCUAACAACUUCUGCAGUGUCACCAUUUCAACCCAUUACCUAAAACCGACUUAAGUGUCAUCUAUCAGAAUUAUUAUCUUUGCGUAUGUUCUUAUUUCUGAAUUUCUGAUUUUCGGAAAUUUCAACUGGCUAUUUGAGCCCACACUCAUCCCGGUGUGGGAAGUUAAAUGAACAAACUAAGCAAAAAGCAUACAGACACACACACAGCUAUGUAUAUUCAAACAUGGUGACCUGUUUCUUAACGAGACAUAUUCCUAAACUUGUUAGAUUUGCUUUUUGCUUUGUAAUUUUUUGGAUGCUCAUCACCUGACUUUAUGGUUUCAAACAAAUAGAGGUAAAAUAAGUGUAAGAACUGUACACGAGUCCUGCUGAAGUCCUUUAAUCCCCUUUUACGGUUGUAAUUCUGCAGAAAUAGAGAUUUCUUCACAUUAGUGCUUAAUUGUAUUUCUGUUUUUUUCUUGUGUAAUAAUGAACGAAUGGCACCAAGAUGAACCACAGUCCAAGAUACAUUCAAACGGAACUCGUGGGAACAUUGAAAGCCAUGUACGCAAAGUCUUAGCAUUCAAGGGAUAACAUCUGCUGUAAGCUGUGAGAAAACUGUUGCUGGGAAACUGUUGGAGUCCACAAGUCAUAGACUAAAAAAAAAACUGGACUCCACUUCCUCCCAUUGGUCAAAUUCCAGGGAUGCGAGUGGUGCCAUCUUGCAAGUUUUCUAGACAGUCUGUGCAGUACUGUCUGAGAGUGGAGCCACGGUAUCGAUGCGUGCGUGGCGUCCACUUCUUCUACAGUCUAUGCUACAAGACAUUAGGGGCCAGGCCAGUUCUGGUUUGUAGGUCUCCUUAGCUUCCCAGCCUUCCAGCUAAUAUUGUCCACGUAAACGUAGCCUGUGUUUCACUUUUUUACUGCUUCAGUCGUCAUUAUGUCGUCACUGGGACCCUUUGAGCUAACCUUGGAGCACUCAGAAUGCAAAGUCUGUUUUUGCAGAAGAACAACCUAAAAGUGGAACUGGAUAAAAUUCCCUUUGAAGUUCUUCAAAAAAAAAAAAAAAAAAAAAAAAAAUCUGUUACCUGAGCUGAAAUCGUUCAUAUCUUUUUUCCUCUGAAGUACAUGAGUUUUACUCAUUAGAAAGAAAGCAAGCACUGUUUGUGUCCUUUUCUCUUUGGAGUGACAGUGUGUACGUUUCCAGACAUAUCAUAUCAUGUUCUCUCUCGGGGAAAAGGUGGAGGAGUGGGAGGAUGAAAGGGUAGACGCAGCUCCUCUGUGGCUGUUACGAAACGGUCGCUGGCAGAUCCCAAAAGCAACACAUCUCCUGCAGUCGGCUAUGGUGCAGAGGCAGCGGCUCUUAAACUUUCCUUUUUCCCCUUGGAGCAACACUCCCUCCCAAACUCUCAGAAAAGCGUUCCCCCUCACACCAUCUGGUAAAUCCUGUCAUCCAAAGCUGCCCGCAUUAAAUCUUUAUGUUAUGUGUCCCCAUCAGUUUUUUUCUUUUUCUUAAAUCCGAUGUUUCUUAAAGUACCUUGCAGCUUUCUGUAUGAAUUCAUAAUUCAGUUGCAACUUUCAUCCAGGAGGAGACGCUUUUUUAAAAUUUAUUUACAAAAACAAACAUUCACAGCCUUAAAUUCUCUUUUCUGACUCAUUCAUUGAGGCCUUUAGAGAUAUUUUUAAAUAUGAUAUUUUUCCCAAAGCCCCUAAGAUACUAUGCGAUGGUGAUGUUUUGAUUUUGGGAUAUGGGACAGUUUACCAGGCCUUCCCAUGUUGUCAGGGACAUGUGACAUGGGCAACGUCUGGAGGCAAUGGUGAUGGAAAAUCUGUUUUCCUCCAUGACGAGAGUUUAUCGUUUAGCUACGUAUAUAUAUCUUUACCUAUUUUUAGUUUUCUACUGUCAGCCACUGAAUUCUGUCGUUGCACUUUUUGCUCAGUGGCACAUCAACAAAAUAACCAAGGGUGUCAAAAUCAUUUGAAAAAAAAAACAACCUUAUCAGCUUAAGAAUUUCAAACUCCUAUCUCCAAGUAUUUUGUCAAGUUUUACUUUCAAGCAUAAACUGAUGAUGACUACUGUGAGUAGCAAAAGCCUAUCAGCAUUGCUUUCCACGUGUCGCUCACGUCUUACCGCCUCGAAGUGGGAAUGAUUGUUAACCAGAAGUGUGACGGGAAGGUUUAACUUAAGUUUUAUUCACUGCACUGUCAUUUAAACACAAAUAUAUUUGCAGAUUCUUUGGCAAACUGUUAUAUUGUUCAGUAAAUGCACAAUUUGGUGUAUUGUUAUUCUAUUCCAGCUGUCAAUAAAAUAGUUUAACUCCAUCGUUA